AAAAAAAACAAGAAUUAGCAAAAGCAGCGGCCACCGGCCACCGGCCACUACAGUACUGCUCUUGGAAAAGUCUCUAUAAUUUCUCCAAGAACACCUACAAAACACAUAUCCCCGGUGAGAGAGAGAGAGAGAGAGGUGAGAGAAAUGGCUUCCAUGGCAACCCUCAAAAUUCACUUCUGCAGCCACAAGAGUUACAGAAGAGACAACAAUAAACCUUCAACUUCUCGAAUCAAUUUUCCUAUUGUGUCUCACCACAAACAGCUCGAGGAGCCAUCCGAUGAAGCCACUGCUCACAAGGGUCGAAGGGAAAUAAUCUUGAGGAGCAAUGCAGUUGCUAUUCUUGGAGCCAUUUUCCACUUCAGCGGACCAAAGCCAAAUUAUUUGGGUGUGCAGAAAAAUCCAGCUGGAUUAGCUCUGUGCCCUGCUACCAAAAACUGCGUCUCAACUUCUGAGAAUAUCAGUGAUCGAGCCCACUAUGCUCCUCCUUGGAACUAUAACCCUAAGGAGGGGCGUGGGAGUCGAAAACCAGUGAGCAGAGAAGAAGCUAUGGAAGAGUUGCUUCAAGUGAUACAAUCAACAAAACCUGACAAUUUCACGCCGAAGAUAGCAGAGAAAAAAGGUGACUAUGUGCGUGUGGAAUAUGAAAGCCCACUCCUCGGUUUUGUCGACGAUGUCGAGUUUUGGUUUCCGCCGGGCAAGAAAUCCGUCGUGCAGUAUCGAUCGGCGUCGCGGGUCGGAAAUUUCGACUUCGACGUCAACAGAAAGAGGAUCAAGGCGCUGCGGCUGGCAUUGGAGAAGAAAGGAUGGUCUUCAGAGAAUAGUUUUUGAUUUAUUUGAAUACAAAAAAUUCAGUUACUUCAAUUUAUUAUUGUCAUUGUAUACUUGGAGUAUAUUAUAAUGGAUUCAUCGGUAUCAAGGAUUCUACACA